AUGGGCGAUGAACCGACAACAACUCAGCCAGACUACGAAUGGGAGAUUUGUCGAGAGAACAUUCGGCCACUCCGAUCUGGUAGAAGAAUGGCAGCAAUUAAAGAGGCUCUCUCAUCAACUACAUCAGCGAAGAAUUACCAAGAUCGAGUUAAGGAGAAAUUUGAGGAGGUCUCCGGUUCUGCAGCAGAAAGCGCAGAUCCAAUUGAACUAUGGCUCGAGUUUAUUCGAUGGUUUGAUGAGUCGUUUCCUUUUGGUCGACAAAAACUCUUCUACGAAUAUUUAUGGAAAAUUGUGCUUCAAUACGGAACUGAUGAACGAUAUUUAAAUGACGAAAGAAUGCUUCGAAUUUGGGAUAAAAUGGCUGAAAAUAGUUUGGGCAAUGGUUGGAAAGUCUAUCAACACGCAAACACGAUUGGAUCUUUGAAAACAUCAGCUAUUUUUUAUGCUAAAUGGGCCAAGUGUUUUGAAUAUGCAGGAUUGAUAACUGAAGCUAGAAAAGUGUUUCAAAGAGCUCGUGCCAAUUGUGCUACUCCAAUUAACUUGCUGAAUGAUGAAGAGAACGCCAUGGAAAUGCGAGAGAUUCGCCGAGUAAUCGAAGAACGUGCGAAUGACUCUUGGCAACAAGACACGGAUGAUAUGGUCAUUGAUGAAGACGAUAAAAGAAUUGCUCUAACGCGUUUACAAGGCUUCGGAGAAGAAAGGCAUGCCCCUAUAGUCCGACAACCACAUUUGGUUGGUGAGGGCGGUUCACUACGAAUUCGAGAUGGGCAACUAAAGAAAGCAUCAUGUUCUGCUCCCGCAAAUGGUUUUCAGAUCUUCACGGAAAAGGAAAACGAGUACGAGCAGAGUUUUUUGCAAGGAGUUUAUGAGAUGAACACACACAUUGAGCACAUUCAUCUCAUCAAUCCCGAGGAACACAAAGAAGAUGUUUUACGGAGGGUCCCAAUCAAGAAAAACAGCGCACCUCAAUCGGCUGGUUUCACUAUCUACGAUGAAUCGGCGGAUGAAAAUACACGCACAACCAAAACUGUGGCCAAACCAAAGCUCAUGCUGAUAAAAAGCAUGAGAGAGCAUAGUAUUGAGGAAGUGCGGUGCCAAAAAUACUUUGAAGCCAAUGGGAUCUCGGAUGAAAAAAUUUAU